AUGUGGGAUUCUGCUUAUGACCUACAACUUUUAAAAAAAAUUGAUUUGAAAUGCAGAAAAGUGAAGACAACAAGAAUUAAAGAGAUUUUCUUCCAACUUCCUAAGCCUCCCCACAUCUUGAGAUGCUAUGAUGGUGCUUCAAGGGGCAAUCCUGGUGAUGCAGGUUAUGGGUUCAUAUCUAGACAUUGGAAUGGAGAGUACUUAUUUGCUAUAUCAGGAGGUUUAGGUCUGGCUACUAACUUCAUGGCAGAAGUAUUUGCAAUCUUAUGUUCAGGAGAAUGGGCUAUCAACAACAAUUUCUUUAGUGUUUGUUUUCAAACAGAUUCACAAGCAGCUAUGACAGCUUUUCAGACAGGAGCAGUACCAUGGUGGGCCAAAACAAGGUGGAACAAAAUAAAAAGCUGUCUUCAAGAAUGGUAUUUUGCUCAUAGUUAUAGAGAGAAAAAAUUUUCAGCUGACUUGAUGGAAAAAAGAGAUGCAGGUCUAGCCAAGGGAGAAAGAAAAUGUUACAGAACAAGACCUAACUUCAUCAGAACAUUAGAGAUACUAGACAAACCAUAUUACAGAUUCUGCUAA